AUGGCGCUGAUGGAAAGAGCCGCGGCUGCUCUCCCGCUGUGCCCGGUGCGGCCGCCAGGGGGCGCCGCAGCACCGCGGAUACGGGGCGGAGCGGAGCGGGGCGGUGGGAGACGCGGGGCGGUGCGGAGAAUCCGCCUGUUUUCCCAGCUCUGCCUACACUCUGCCCACUGGCAGUGCCGGCAGAAGGGGUGUAGCACAUCUAAUAUGAAAGCUCAGCUGCUUUACAUCAACCUGAGGAUAAAAUGCAGUGGAAGAGGGUUGUUAUCUAAGAAAACCACUGACUUCUAUGGGUGUUUGGCUGUUAUUUUUUCAGCUGGAGUAACCACGGAAGCCAUUCAAACUGCUACUGCAAGCCCAGAUUCAUUGGGAACAGAGGCAAAAGUUCAGGAGGAAGAGCAUGAUCUAGUGGAUGACGACAUCACAGCUGGCUGCCUGUCUGGUCUCCCGCAGCUGAAGAAGAUCUCCACGUCCUAUGAGGAGCGCAGGAAGCAGGCUACAGCCAUUGUUCUGCUGGGUGUGAUUGGGGCAGAAUUUGGGGCUGAGAUUGAGCCCCCCAAGCUGCUGACUCGGCCACGCAGCUCCAGCCAGAUCCCCGAGGGCUUUGGGCUGACAAGUGGUGGGUCCAACUAUUCCCUGGCAAGGCAUACCUGCAAGGCAUUGACAUUUCUGCUGCUGCAGCCUCCCAGCCCCAAGCUGCCCGCGCACAGCACCAUCCGCAGAACUGCCAUUGACCUCAUCGGCCGUGGCUUCACUGUCUGGGAGCCCUACAUGGACGUCUCUGCAGUGCUGAUGGGCCUGCUGGAGCUCUGCGCUGAUGCUGAGAAGCAGCUUGCCAACAUCACAAUGGGGCUGCCCCUGAGCCCGGCGGCUGACUCUGCACGCUCCGCACGCCACGCGCUCUCGCUCAUCGCCACAGCCCGGCCGCCCGCCUUCAUUACCACCAUCGCCAAGGAGGUGCACAGACACACCGCCCUUGCAGCAAAUACACAGUCUCAGCAGAAUAUUCACACCACAACUCUUGCUCGGGCUAAAGGAGAGAUCUUGAGAGUCAUUGAAAUACUUAUUGAGAAGAUGCCUACCGACGUUGUGGACCUUCUUGUGGAGGUUAUGGACAUCAUCAUGUAUUGCCUCGAAGGAUCUUUAGUUAAGAAAAAAGGUCUUCAAGAAUGCUUUCCAGCCAUCUGCAGGUUCUACAUGGUCAGCUAUUACGAGAGAAGUCACAGAAUAGCAGUUGGAGCUCGCCAUGGUUCAGUGGCCCUCUACGAUAUCCGGACUGGGAAAUGUCAGACAAUCCAUGGGCACAAGGGGCCGAUCACAGCAGUGGCCUUUGCUCCUGACGGCCGGUACCUCGCCACCUACUCCAACUCAGACAGCCACCUCUCCUUCUGGCAGAUGAACACGUCACUGCUGGGCAGCAUCGGCAUGCUCAACUCAGCACCCCAGCUGCGUUGCAUCAAGACCUACCAGGUGCCCCCCGUCCAGCCCGCGUCCCCUGGCUCGCACAACGCCCUGCGCCUGGCCCGCCUCAUCUGGACCUCCAACCGCAACGUCAUCCUCAUGGCCCAUGAUGGCAAGGAGCACCGCUUCGUGGUCUAGGGGAAGCUGCCUGAGCUGAAAUGCGUUUGUCAGAACUCCGUGUAACUCUCCCUUCUUUGUUGCUGUCCUCUGGUCACAAGGCAGGACCAGCCAGGUCAUAGCUCUGCUUGCUUUGCCAGGUCACAACCCUGCCCGGUUUUCCAGGCUGUAGUUUUGCCUGAUUUGCCAGAUCAUGGCUCUGCCUGGUUGGCCAGGCCGUGGUUGUGCCUGGUUGGCCAGGCCGUGGCUCUGCCUGCCUUGCCAGGUCACAGCUCUGCCUGGUUUGCCAGAUCAUGGCUCUAUCUGGCUUGCCAGGUCACAGCUCUGCCCAUUUUGCCGGGCUGCGGCUCUGCCCGCUUUGCCAGACCAUGGCACCAGCUGGGUUCUCUUUGCAGCAGGGUGGGGGAUGCUGUGGUUUUUGGGAGGCCCAGUCCCACCCUGACUGUGUGCCGUGGCCUGGCCGCUGGCUGCUGGCCCCAUGCUGGUGGCCUGGUUCCACGUGCUCACAGAGCCUCUGUGGUUUACCAAAGGCCCUGUUUACAUGUAUUCCUUCUAGUGACCACUGAAUGAUCACUAGGCGGUGUGUCUUAGAGGGUUCUUAAUAAGGGCCUAAUUAAUUGGGGAUAAUUAGUAGCUGAGUGUGCAGGAGUUGAAUGGCCUCUGUUCUGAAUGGAAGGGGCACAUUUCCUCAGAAAAAGACAGUUCUUGAGGAAUUGAAGUGCUGCUCUGCUCAGCCAUUGCUUGCUGUAGUCUGGAAUAAAGGAUAACAAUUCACAUGUAAAUAAAGAAAAUAUCUCUAAGAUUGAUUAGCAGACUUGAACAGAGGAGUAUUUAUAUAUAAAGGUGUUUUUUUGCUACCAAUGAAGGUAUUUAUUUUGAAGAAAAUAAAAAGCUUUUUCUUCCCAAAGCUGCUCCCAUUUGUGCUGGAUCCCACGUGGAAGCUGGGCUGUGGUCUGGUGGCUGCAGGGCCACUGUCCUUCACCAGAGGAACGUGGGGUCACAGCAAGCCCUGGGAGGCAGCACAAAUGGUGUCAGUGAUUAACAAUUCUGGCAAGAAAAACUAUGAAAGAUAAUAAGUUAUUUGAACAGAUAUACUGAGACCAUUUCUUCAGUAGGAAUAUUCCUGUGUAAUGUUAGCUGUGACUGUGUUUCCUUCUUACAUAUCUAAUUCUGUGAAAUAUUUAAUCAUGUGAAAGUAUGCUGGUUUAUGCUCACAAUAAAGCAAAAACAAAUCUAUGAAAUACUAUUUUAUUUAAAAAUAUUGAUGUAUAUGUUUGUAUAGCUUUCUCUUUGCCAUUUUUGUCUGAAAAGCUCGCAGAAAUAAGGAGGCUGUCUUUACGUGGUAAAGUAAAAAAGGUACUUAUAAAAUCCUCCCUUCCCCAAAAAGGAAUAAAUUAAUUUAUAAAACGGCUUCUAAAUUUAAACAGCAUUGAUUUCUUUUUAAUUUUUUUUGUUGAAGUUGGUCUGUGUAGUACAUUGUAGAUGAAGGUGAGAUUUACAGCCCAGGAAGAUUCAUAUCUGUUUGCUGUUUGAAAAUUAAGAAAUACCAAUAAAAAAGAGCAAGAAAUUAAGACCAUUAGGAAUGUUUAACACAAACUGCCGUAAAAUUUAAUCCUUUUAUCUGGCAGGAAUGUAGUGUAUAGUAGAGAACACUGUUAUAGAAUAUCAGGGUCUUUUUUCAAAGUGAACUAACACAACAUGCAUGUACAUUGUGUUCGUAAAGAAGUGUAUGUAACUCUGAAGGUUAAAGAUAGGAAGAAGAACGAACAGAGACCUUCCAUCUGUAAUCUGAAACACUGCAGCAUUAGGUUUGGAUGCACAAGGAGAGUCAGGAUGCACUGUAAGCAUUCCCCCGUAGGCGUCCUGGGAUCCCAUCAGUUACAUUAGAGUAGGUUCCAAGAUGUGUAUGUGUUUACUUUCAGAAACGAAACACAACCCCCAUGGGAACGGUGGACCAUAGCCCUCCAAUGAUUUCCUUUUGUGGUAUAGUGAGCAAACAUCUUGAAUUAUAUAUGCGUUAAAAUGUUUGAUUUAAGCUAGAAGUGUAAUGGAUUUUCUUAAAUGCAGAAGAGAGGUCGUUCCUUUCCUCCCAGUGCUGCGGGUCAGCUCCAGCCCCACUGGGGUCCAGGAUCCAUCAGUGGGGCUGGACACAGCCCCCACUGUUGUGACUUCGUUUGCCCCAGUCCUCAACUUCACAGCCUCGGUCUCUCAGCACUGCAGUAAAAUUUGUAUUGUCAUUCCAGUGUAAGCUUUUAGUGCUUUAUUGAUUUGUUAGUACUGUAUUUGGACUUGUCCUUGUAAAUGUGGAGACGUAUGUGGCUUCAUUGGCAGUUUACAAGCAAAAGAUGACAUGAUGAGACACCUGUAUGAAAGUGUUGUAAUGAUGGAAGUCACCAUGUAUGGUAAAUGAUUGAAGUGUCUGCCUCUCAAGCAACUUCAGGAGUCCACUCCUAGUCUGCUGUAUGUAUACUGCAUACCCUGGUGUAAAUAUGCUUGUGAAAUAAAUCUGAACUGUAUCGAAGACCAUUGCUGUUAUGGCAUCAGCCAGGUGGCAUGCAAAUAAUUCCCUGCCUCUGAUUUAUGAAUCAUAAGUUUUUUCACCAAGUUUUUUUUUUUUUUUUUUCAUUUGAAAGGCAGCUUACGUGAUGUCCCAUCUGUUGUGCUGGGAGGACCUGCAGCCUCAGUACAGAGGGAGGAAGGUGUUGGAAUGAAGUUCUUGUAACUCCCCAGCAGUGUGGCUAAAGCACACAAAAGAAUUGCAGUCUUCCAGAAAUUCACCAGCACCAGUGUUUGCAAGGUGAUGCUUUCCUUGUCAGCUGGUUCAGAUUCCUCUGAAGAGGGUAACUGAUGCAAAUAGCAAUUUCCAAAAAAAUUUCCUAGCGUGGAAUGCAGGGUCCUAAGAAUAUUUAAGGUGCACUUGCAAUACAGAUUAUUUUUUAAAAUUGCAAUUGCUUUCUGCUUGCUGAAGAAUUCUAAGCAACGUGGGGCUGCUGGAGGUGUGCUGCAGUGUGCUAGGACACCAGGGAUGGUCUGCCCGGGGUCAGACGUUACCAAAUAAUCCUUCUAAACAAAGCAAACAGCAAGGAAAAAAAAAAAAAAAAA